CUCAAACGUGCACAAACAGCAACUUUUGCUUGUCAAAUCCGGACCACCUCAAAAUGCCAGGAAUCACUGACAAUGUCGACGACAUUGACUGCUCUGAUAUUGAAGCAAAAUACCGCGUAGAAUAUGACGAUGGCUUUGACAAUACAAUAGUCGUAGACGGUAUCCCCGUCAUCGACAAGUCAAAACUAGACAAACUACUUGCAAAAAUCUCCAAGGAAUUCUCCAGGAAAGGCUGCCCAAUAAGGCCGGAUGAUAUAUCCGUACCAUGGGAUGACAAUACAGGGAAAGGCAAAGGGUAUAUCUUCAUUGAUUUUCGUUCCAUGGACGAAGCCAAUAUGGCCCUCGCAACGAUGCAUAACCAUCCUUUCGACGCCAGACAUCAAUUCAAGGUCAAUAAAUUCACUGACAUCGAGAGAUAUGCGGAACUGGAUGAAACCUAUGUUGAACCAGAAAUAGAGGAGUACACACCCAGGGAACAUUUGCGCGCAUGGUUGGCGGAUCCACAAGGCCGCGACCAAUAUGUCACCUAUCGCGGUGAAGAUGUUGAGAUUUAUUGGCACGGAAAGCCUUCACAGUGUGAACUCGCUUACAAACCUGAUUGGAAAGAUUUCCUAUACGUUGCCUGGUCGCCCUUGGGUACGUACAUCUCAACCCUUCAUCGACAAGGUGUACGAUUGUGGGGAGGCUCUUCCUGGAAGCCUCAGCAACGUUUCGCCCAUCCACUGGUGAAGCUCAUCGACUUUUCGCCAUGCGAACAAUAUAUCGUUACUUGGUCAAAUGAGCCGAUUGUCGUCCCCGAAGGUGCUACGCAAGGCCCACAGUAUUUCUCUCCCGACGAUGAAGGAAAUAAUCUUGCCGUCUGGGACAUUAAAUCUGGCUAUCUGCUCCGAACAUUUUCCACCGUCACGGAGGGAGAUAGUCCUAACGGCAAAAAGCAGAUGCAGUGGCCUGCACUCAAAUGGAGUCCCGACGACAAGUUCGUUGCCCGUGUCACUCCUGGUCAGAUGAUUAGUGUCCAUGAGCUUCCCAGCAUGUUCUUGCACGGAAAGAAGAGUCUCAAAAUCGAAGGUGUCGCCGACUUUGAAUGGUGCCCUCGAGGAGACAAAGAUAAAGAAGAUGCGGAUAAAGAAGCUUCUGCCACAAUGAACGGUAAGACGAAGGCGCGCGAAAAUAUGCUGGUGUAUUGGACGCCAGAGGUGGCCAACCAGCCGGCUCGUGUUACAUUGCUCAGUUUCCCAAGUCGCACCAUAUUACGGCAAAAAAAUUUGUUCAACGUAACAGAGUGCAAACUGUUCUGGCAAAAUCAAGGCGACUUCCUCUGUGUAAAGGUUGACCGUCACACGAAGACGAAGAAAUCUAUCUUCUGCAAUCUCGAAAUUUUCAGAGUUCGUGAAAAGGAUUAUCCUGUUGAAGUCGUGGAACUGAAAGAUACUGUAACCGACUUCUCGUGGGAACCUAAAGGAGAACGAUUUGCUAUUGUAUCCAGCAAUGAUCCGAAUUUAGGAAAUCCAGGUCCUGGCAUCACAACCAAGACAGAUGUCAGCUUCUACCAACUCGAACGCGGCAAAAAUGACUUCAAACUGUUGCGAACGCUCCCUAACCGAACCAGCAAUGCUAUUCGUUGGUCCCCACGUGGGCGACAUGUCGUGCUCGCAACAGUUGGGUCAUCUUCCAAGUCGGAGCUGGAAUUUUGGGAUCUAGAUUUCAACAUUGAAGAUGUCGCUCGACGAGAAGGACAGACGUCCAAGGAGGAUUGGGGUAGCGGUAUUCAGCUGCUAGGCACCGCAGACCAUUAUGGCGUCACGGAUGUUGAGUGGGAUCCCAGCGGCCGAUAUUUAGCUACUAGCGCUAGCGCCUGGACUCAUACGCUCGAAAAUGGCUACGCGAUUUGGGAUUUCAAAGGACAGGAGCUCAUGAAGCAGAUACAAGAUCGUUUCAAGCAGUUUAUUUGGCGACCUCGGCCUCGUACCUUGCUUACAAAAGAGCAUCAGCGGCAGGUACGGAAGAACUUGCGGGAGUAUAGCCGUGUCUUCGACGACGAGGACGCCAAAGAGCAUCUAACUGUUAAUGCCGAAUUGAUUGCUCAUCGUAAAAGACUCGUCGAUGAAUGGAAUGCCUGGCGGGCAAGGUCCAAAAAAGAAUUCGCUGAGAGUCGUGGUCAAAAGUACUCGGUGGACCAGGGUGGCGAUGGUGACAAGGAAGAAAUUGAGGUUUGGGUCGAAGAGGUGAUUGAGCAAAUAGAGGAGGAGAUUGCUGAUUGAUAUGUAUCUUCGUCCGAGUGAUGAGCAGAACUCGUCAUCCUGUAUUACAUGGGCGAUUGGUAUACAUAUCUUGACCGUUGUUCGCGUGAAUUCCCC